AUGGCUUUACAGUUUUUACUGCUUUUGUGCUCUAUCAUUGCAUUGACCAAUGCCGUGAUUUUCACAAGUGAGCCCGAGGACCUAAUGGUCGACCAGGGGUCUCGAUUCCACCUCAACUGUGCCAUCCACGGACUCCUUGCAAACCAAGAGGUCGUCUGGAGGAAGAACAAUAUCUCCAUCAGCAUCGGUGCCGACGUGAUGGGUGACCACCUCAUCGUCGACCUCAAGAGAUACCGUGUCGUCCAGGACAUCACACAUGGGUCGUACCAACUGAAUGUCUUCGACAUCGCAAGAAUGGACGAUGGUGUGUACCAGUGCGUGGUGUACAACAACACUGGCAUCCACCUUCAUGAAGUGGCUGUCCAGUCUCGGACAGCCACGGUCACUGUCUACUACACACCUGUCAAGAAGUACCCCUACUGUCCUUUUGGUGAAGCAUCCAGGGAACUGAAUGUUGGUGAGAACAUCCCAGCUUGUAUAUCAGAGAAGGGACUCCCACCGGUGAUGCUCGAGCUCCAGGGUGCCUUCGAUGAUUUGCCUGCGACUCACACAGAUUACUCAACAGUCCCAGGGUUUGCCGUCUUGACGAUGAACGUAUCGGAAACUGAUGAAGGAAGGACGUAUACUUGCCGUGCAAGAAGUUCUGAUUUCCAAUUCUAUACGAGUACAUGUGAUGUUGGACCUCUACGCGUGGUUUUCCCGCCGCGUGUUGCGAUCAGACCGAUCAAGGCAGUCCCGUCGGUCGGUGACGAAGCCGUCUUCGUAUGCGAGAUCGUUGCUAAUCCUCAACCAACCAGCAUCAUAUGGUCGUUCAUCCCGCCAAUGGAUAAAUCACGAUAUCGGCUUUAUGAUGAGAAUAAGACCUUGGAGAUCGUACGCAUUCGUGAACAGGAUGAUAACCGCAUACUCGUCUGCACCGCAGGGAAUCGUAAGGGCAAUACGUCCUCGGAGCGAGUCGUUGCGCUCUCAAAGACCCACCGUCCUCGGGGAUCGGACCCACAUGCUCCAAACGAAAGACAACACGACCAAGAUCACUUCCUUUUCACACGAUGCAGUGACGCCAAUGCCGUGAUCGUAGCUUGCCUGAUCGCCCUCGCCAUUCUCUUUCUCGUAUUCGUGUUCGUGGUUUGCUGUCGAACGAAGACUUGUAAGUGCUUGAAAUCACCAUCAAAAUCCUGCAUUGAGAAUACUGGGCAGAAGAAAAUACAACAGAUAGAUCAUAUCGAUGCGAGCUAUACGAUGUCGAAUGACGACACGCAAUUGAUUGUCAAAUGAUUGGCUUAUCUUCCGAGUUAGCCUUAAAAGAGACAGGAGAGACAUGCUGCCUAAGUGUAUAUUCCAGGUGUUAUAUGAAAAGAUGUCACGUUUAUCAUCGAUGUGGAUUCGAUAUACUUUACUUUAUUGAGCAUUGGACAAGUGCACAGAUCCAUCAUGGAAACGUACACUUCAACAGCCAAUAUUGCUACUGGGUAAACGGACAAGUCAUCUGAAAGCUUUGAAAAGGCAAAAUCACUCUUUGAUAUCUUAGCUCACGUUUAACUUGGUAAAC